AUGGGUCUGUUUAAGAAGCAUCAUCAUCAUCAUCACCACCACAGCGACCAGCAGCCGGCCGACAAGCACAGCUCUGCGGGCCUGGACAGCCCCGUCAGCGGCCGUAGCCGCAACGUCGCCCCUAGCGCCACACCUUCGACCCAGCACGUGCAGUGCGAGGUCCACCGCACCGUUGCGCACGCCAACACGCACGUCCGCAUGAUCGAGAUUCAACAACCCACAGCUUCCCGUCAUGUUGACGUUGAUUGGGCCGUCAACACCAAGGCGCCUUUUGAAGAGGCACACAACCGCAGUGCCACCACCUCAACGGCGUCUUCCGCCACCGGAUCACCCCGUAUCCACCGCCGCCGCAGCUGGGUCUCCCGACUCGUCACCUCGGACCUCUAA